UACCAUAAUUAUUUCGGGUCAAACGCCAUUUGUAAAGAGGUUUAAGUAUUAGGGUUUAUUAUCUGGGAAAUUUGAAACGGAAAAGAUGCAGAGAAGAUGGACGACGCCAUUGAUGCACUCACUUCGAAGCUUCAGCAGCAGUAGUAGUAAUAGUAGUAGCAGUGAUAAGAUUGUCGCUUCAGUGCUCUUCGAGAGGCUUCCUGUCGUUAUCCCCAAAAUCGACCCGAUCAUCUACGCUUUUCAGGAAUUCUCGUUUCGAUGGAAGCAGCAAUAUCGACGGGUAUAUCCUGAUGAAUUCUAUAAGAAAUAUGAAUCUCGGGGGAAGGGUGAUUAUCAAAUUGACUAUCAACCAGCUCCUCGGAUCACUGAAGCUGACAAAACAAAUGACAAAAGGUCAUUGCAAAGAGCACUUGAUCGAAGGCUCUAUCUUCUCCUUCAUGGAACUUCUUACGGUUCUCCUGAUGGGAACCCUGUUUGGCAUUUUCCAGAAAAGGUCUACGAAAAAGAAGAGACUCUGCGGAAGUGUGCGGAGUCUGCUCUGCAAUCUGUUCUUGGUGACCUUUCACACACAUAUUUUGUUGGAAAUGCACCAAUGGGCCAUAUGGCUGUGCAGACAGCUGACAAAGCAGAUACAUUGAAGCAGAGAUUCUUCUUCAAAUCACAAGUAAUUGCAACAAACAAGUUUAACAUUGGUGAAUGUGAUGAUUAUGUUUGGGUGACCAAGGAUGAACUACUGGAGUAUUUCCCGGACCAAGCUGAGUACUUGAAGCAGAUGAUUAUUAGCUAAAAUGGUGAUAUUACCAAAGAGUAAUUUUGUAGACCUCCGUAGCCUUCAACUACUGGAGCAUCUGUAUUGUGACAAGUAGAGUAGUAGUCCAACAUUCCUGCUAAAUUUCUGUGGCAACAGAGGAAUUAAGCUGUUCUAAGUUUUGUUUUGGUUCCUGAGGAAGAUUAGGUUUUCCGUCUGUGAUAUCUCAGCAGCAUCCGUAGUGCAGCCAGCUUCCAGACUCACCUUUAAGCCUUUGAAAUAAAAUUAUACUUCUAUGAUGAGGGACAGGGCUAAUGAAAAUUUGUUUGUUGUCUGAGUUUAUGCAUCUUGUAGCCAAGAUAUCAAUGCAUGUUGAUGCUUGGAAGUGUUAAUGCAAUAUGCUAUCAGAAUCUUACCCUUUAUGUUCCCAUACUUCUUUUUUAUAGAAGAUGUUCCCAAAACACUAUUCAAAUGUUGGAGAGUACCCUCCUGAUUCCUGA